UAACUCCGACCCAUGACAAAGAACCCGAAUUCCCCAAAAGACGCGAAAAACAAUUUUUACGCAAACGCAAUCCAUCUUCUUCAUACUAUUAACAGCUCUCUCUCUGUAUUUCUCUGUCUUCCCUCUCUUUCAUUCUCUCUGCAACCUUCUCAAGGUGGCAUUGAUAAUAGAAAGUAAAACUGGAUCAGUUAAGCAUCACAUGGAUAUGUGAUCAUCGGUUUGGUUUGCAUCGUAAAGUCCAGCUUGUGCCAAACUGUCUUCUUGAAGAGUUCACCGCUUGAAAGGCUGUUCUUGAAGGGUCUUCCAGAAAAAGAGGACCCUUCAGGCUGGAUUUUUGGUUUAUUUGAAGCUGUUAGUCAAAGUAAGAUAAGUUUUGUUGUAUAGGCGGUGGGUGUAGCUGUUAUCGGUUUGCUGAACAUGCCAGCUGUACAAAAGCUUUAUAACGCUUGUAAAGCAUCACUUUCACCGAAUGGACCGGUUUCAGAAGAUGCUCUCGAGAAAGUUCGUUCCCUAUUGGAAAAAAUCAAGCCCUCUGAUGUUGGUCUUGAGCAAGAAGCACAACUUGUAAGGAGUUGGAAUGGUACUCUGCAUGAGCGCAAUGGUGGACAACGGUCACCGCCACCAAUCAAGUACCUGCACUUACAUGAAUGUGACAGCUUCUCUAUGGGGAUAUUUUGCAUGCCGCCUUCCUCUAUCAUACCUCUACACAAUCACCCUGGGAUGACUGUUUUAAGUAAGCUGGUAUAUGGUACCGUUCAUGUGAAAGCCUAUGAUUGGAUCAAUAUUCCAGGUCCUUUGGUUCCAUUGGAAGGUGCAAGACCGACAAAGCUUGUUAAAGACUGUGACAUGACUGCUCCGUGUGGGACAACAACUCUGUACCCUACUUCUGGAGGCAACAUCCAUUGUUUCAAAGCCAUAACUCCUUGUGCUAUUUUUGACAUCCUUUCUCCACCUUACUGUGCUGAGGAUGGACGCCAUUGCACUUACUUCCGGAGGUCUCCAGCAGUGGAUCUACCAGGUGAGGUCGAGGUGGAUGGAGUGACAUACUCAGAUGUGACUUGGUUGGAAGAGUUUCAACUUCCCGACGACUUUGUGAUCCGUAGAGGGCAAUACAAGGGCCGUGUCAUUAAAACUUGACAUGUUUCAUUUUUUGGUUCUGUCCAACUUUUAUAACACGCAUUCAGGUGAAUCAGUAAUGUGGUAACCGCCGGUCUGAGAAUAAUGAUUUAUAUGGUAAGAAAAUAGGGGCAUUUGAGUUGUACAUAUCAUUAUAUACUGUACACUGAUUUACUGACCUCACCUUAAAUUAGUGAACGGUUGGUUAGGCAGAGUA